AUCCCCCAUAUUCUCCUCCGCCUCCGUUUCUCCACGCCCUUCUCAGUUCUCAAGGCUUUCUUCUUCCUUCCAGCUCCAGCGCACGGUGACGGUGAUCUCAGGAUCUGGACUGGACUGCUCCGCCAAGCCUGGACUGCAGUUCUUUGGCUCAGGAAGAUCUGGAGGACACUUCUGAGAUUCCCUACUGGAAGAGGACAAAGAAGCCGGGAGAUGAAAAAUUCGUGCCAGGGCUGCAAGAGAUACUGGAACCAUCUACAUGGGAAGGUCACUCGUUUCGUCAGGCGGAUGAGCAAAAGUUCAAGACAUUGCAUGGUCAUGCCAGAGAGGUUUGCAAACCAUUUUUCAGGGAAAAUGUCACGGAGCGUCAAACUAGAAGGCCCUAAUUGUAUUCUGUAUGAUGUUGGAGUUACUGAGCACAGGAAUAGAAAAGUCCUCCAAUCUGGAUGGGAGGUGUUUGUUGAUGCCAAUGACAUAGUAGAGAAAGACUCGUUGAUGUUCCGAUACCGUGGAAGUUCUCGCUUCAAGGUUGCGGUCUUUGAUUCUAGUGGUUGUGAGAAAACUGUGUCCUGUUUUGGCAUAGGGAGCACUAUGAGUGAUCAAGAACCGAUCACAAAUUCUACAGAAAUGUCAAGCAGUUCCAGUGGUCGUAAUACUCACUCGUCAGUGGAGGAUGGAUGCCAAAGUGAAAGCUCAGGACAUUGCAGAAAACUGGCAUGGACAGACGCAGCAUCGUCUCCAUCUGAGGAUUUGCCAGGAGAAGACAGUCCUUAUGAGCAUGAGUCUUCUGGAUCGGAUGAUGACACACUCCCAAAGAUGAUCUCAACAGUGCGUGUUAAGGAGGAACAAUAUUCUGAUGCAAGUGGAAGAUCAGACGGAUGCCAAAAUGGGAGCUCCAGUCAUAGUGGGAGUACUAGAAAGACAGCUGUUAUAUCCACUCCAUCUGCGGAGUCAGGACCUCCAAAGGAUAAGUAUGUGUUGUCAAGUAGGAGUAAUUUGGCUGAUGCACAAAAAGAGAAAAUAGAUAAGCUUCUCCAGGACAUUCAAUCCAGAACCCUUGCAUUCGUGGCUAUCAUGAGGAAGUCCAAUGUCCAACCACCGUAUCCUUCUUUGACCAUCACGAAGGAAUACGCAGUUGCACACUUUCCCCAUGAAAGUGCAUCUGUCAUACUUCAGAGGCCGGGCGAGAACAAAAGGUGGUACCCCAGGUUCUACGAGGGGAAUGAUGGUAUUCACAAGAUUAGGGGGGAGUGGUUAGACUUUGUUUGUGACAAUAGUGUGGAGGAGGGAGAUAUCUGCAUCUUUGUACCAGCAAAGGGUGGGGGAAGGUUCACAUUUACCGUUCAUCUACUUCGCGCAGAAAGCAAGGCGCACGCAGGUCAUUUUGUGCCGCCCUACAUGCUGUCACAAAUGAGCUUUCUAUCUCCAGUGCAACAGAGCAUAGUUGAAGAUAAAGCGGAAGCCAUCCAACUCGAAGCCCAUCUGUAUGUGGCAAUCAUGAACAAAACCAAUGUUGGUGUGAAAGGGCAUUACAUCCUGGAGUUUGGUGCAAAAUAUGCUGCUGUGUAUCUUCCAAAGGAAGAGCGAACUAUUUUGCUCCAGCGUAAGGGGAAGGAAUGGCAAACUCAGAUGCAUAUUCGGAAUGGUAGGAGACUUGUCCUUGAAGGAGGUUGGCGCAAAUUUGUCAGUGACAACCGUCUGCGAGUUGGUGAUAUCUGUCUGUUUGAGCUGAAGCGGAACCGGAGGAAGCUUACCAUGAUUGUCCAUAUCAUCUCCCGUGAUCAGUGUUAGUUCGUAGUGCAUUGUAGUAUAUAAGGGGAUAAUGACCCCUGCUGUUUCUGCUGGAACUAUGUUUUGUACUCCACUAAAACCAAACCAUGGUAUGGUUGAUCUCCGAGGACUA